UUUUAUACCCUGGCUGCACUUAGCAGUGAAAAUGGUAUUGCCGAACCUGCGGACAGGCCGACGGCCGGGUACUGGGUAGUUGUUAAAAAUGGCCGACUUGUGAACUUUAUUCCUGUAUGUCUCCUUCAUUACAUUAAAUAAAAAUCAACAUUAAUUAUCAAAUUUGUCAUUUGACAACGUUGAGUAACAUGCCGCGUGUCAAAGCCUCACCGAAAAAAUGCGUCAAAACGUCCAAUUCGCACCCGGCAGCCAACACUUGGGUGUUCCUUAUGAAAGGUGAUGGUUUGGAAAAUACCGAUGGUAGUUCUCCGGAUGUAGUUAAACUCCGACACCCAGCCUCUAACCAGCCGGCUAUGUUUGUAUUUAGCCCAGGUGAUACUACCGUACAAGAAGUUUUAACCUUUGACGAAAAUAAACGAUCAUGGUUCAUUGACGACAAUGUUAAGUCUGAUGGAAAGAUGCAUUUGUCCACGCCAAUUGAUCCAAUAUUCUUGGUUUUACCAUAUUUAAGGAAGUCACAACAAGUAAUGCCACUUGAGCAAAUUCUUCGUGAUGAAGAUUACCCAGGAACAUCCCGCCUUGCACGAUGUCAAAAUCUAAAACUGUCUUUGAUCGCAGAUCGCAAGGGUGACGAGGAACUGCAAGCUUUCAAGUUUAACGAAGACAAAGCAAUGGUCUGGCUUCAAAAAAAAGUUGGGCGAGUCGCAGAAAUACUCAGGCAGAAAGGUGUCCAUGUAUCCCAAGGAGCUGUUAGUGCUACCUACAUUAAAAGCAACAAACAUGAAUCUGGCACGGAAGUUGAAUAUCUUAAAUAUGCACACGGCAUAGUUUCGGAAUACCUUGCAGAAGACUUGUCUAAAAAACUAGCUCAGCACUUAAGUCUGCCCGAAGACGCAGAAAAUAAAAAACGAAAGUCAAACAGUCCAAAAGAAAGCAGCGACGAAAAGAAAGCUAAAAAAGACUCACCAGAGGCGGAGUCCAUCCCCAGAAAUGGAGCACUAGACUUAACAAAACCUGAAAAGCCAAUACAAACAAUUCAAAACUACAACGACGUGACGUCACCUGUGCUAAGCCCCAAAAACCUCUGACAAUUUCGAAGAAAGAGAUGUCCAGACAGAAGGCAGCAGCUGGUUCAAAGAAUAUUUCGAGUUUUUUUAAGAAGAAAUGAGCGGUGACCAAGUCAACGAAUCAAUCAAUCGCCAGUUGGUUUUCCAAAUUUAUAAGAGAUCUUCAAAAUAUUCUGAUAAGUCUCUGCGUUCCUAUUGGUGUUAAACUUUAGAUUUGAAUUGGUAAAAAUAUCUGAAGGAAACUUGAAGGUUAAGCAAUGUUCAAUUAUCUACUUACAUUGUUGGAAAAAUAGCCCAGAAAACCCCGCAAUUGUUAAUCUAGAAUUGUAACUAAUCAUCACAAUGGAUUCAUAGUAUCGUAUAAUUUGAUCUCACCAGUCAAACAUAAUUCAAAAUCUGCGUUGGCUCACUGUUGCUCAAAAGAUUUCAACGAAAAUUAGUCAUUUAUUCCAUUAAAUGCAUAAGUAAGAUUUAUUUCUUAUUGACACAUUUCACAAUUACUGAAUUGCAUUUUAUUAUUACUCUUAUAUAGAGUUCGAUUCCUUUAAUUUUUUUUAUGAAAUAAAAGUAUUCAACAUUUGGGAUGAAUUUGCAAUUAAUUAAAAAGAAAAGAUUAAAGACUUAGGGUGUCAAUCUGCGAAGAUUAAUCCAUUAAGUAAAAAGUAAACCCUUGACAUUUUUUGAAAACAUCUAUCCUGUACUGUUGCAAUGUUUAACUUAGAAUACGUUAGAUAUAAAAUUCUAGUAUUAUGCAUUUUACGCAAUAAGGAGCUAACAAACGAAUCCUACGAUUGAAAUUUGUGUAACAUUCAAAAUAGAAAAAGAAAAAAGCCAGUGUUUUUGUGUCUUAUAUAUUUUGUAAUAUUAUGGCCUUUUCAUUAUUGGUUGGUUAGCUCCUUUUUGCUUCCCAUAAUAUCCUUUAUUUCAAAAGACUGUCCAAAAAAGCAAUAAUUUUUUUUCUAACCGAUAUUUAAAAUUGUCAGAAAAUUUCUUCCUCACUAAUUGUAAUUUUUCAAAGCCAAAGUUGCAAAAGUCAUAUUAGGGUAAUAUUGAAAAGUUAUAACAAUCUAGAAUAUAGCAUAUUUUACGAUUAUCAAGCAAUUCUAUUGCAAAACUCGCAGCUAUGUUACACGCAGGAAAUCCAAAUCGGGAUUCAAUGAUAGACUUUUGCUCCUUUAAAUUGAAGUCAUUCAUCUAGAUAUCUGAUAGUUGUAUCCAGUAUUUAUUGCAUAUUUUUUUAUGACUUCUAUGUCUCAAUCUGUACCUAGAGUCAUGCACUUUAUUUUUAUUUUCUUAAAUACUUGACAACAGCUACCUUCAAUGCUAAUUGUCAUUUACUGUGGAUUUGCAUCCUAUUAUUAAUGACAUGUGUUUAAGUUCCACCUGACGCAUGAAGGACAUUAAUGUAAAUAUAUGAUUGUUUUUAAUUGAUACAUAAGCCAUCUGACGGUUACUGUCAUUUGAAACAGGACACCGCUGACACUGAGGUACUGAUAUUUGGAGUCACAUAAAUUAUCCCAUGUGUUUAGUUUGAACAGUAUACGAAUAUUUUAUACUUUAUUUUAUACAUUGCGUCCAAUCGACUUUCCAGUUUUUUCAUUUUAAUGAAAACUACAAUUUUAUAUUUGUCGUACUUAAUUAGUGAUGAAUAUUAUUGAUGAUUAGUUGGAGGUGUCGAUUGUGAUAGCUCUACGAAAGGUUUCGAAUUAGAAGUGUGUAUGAGUCGAAAAGAGUGUAUGAGGAUAAGUGAUAAGUAUUUGUUUUUGUCCUGGCUGUACGAUAAAAUAUUAUGUCAAUAUUGUAGAUGUAAUAUAAUAAUAUACAUUCAGAAACA